UUGAAACAGCUGUUUACGUCACCUAACCUAGCUAGUCACGGCAGUGUCAGUCGGUUCACGAUUCCAGCUGCGUUAGUGGAUAUUUCUAGAGUAGUGCUGCUAGUAAAUAGGUUGUGCUUCGAUAUAUUGCGGGCGAAGAGUAUCUUGAGGGUUCUGAAAGCAAGAAUGAAGUGAACGACUCGACAUGAACGUGCAAAACUUGAAACUCCAGUUCAGCAACCCCGACAGUCGCCCCAACAAUGUUGUCCGGACGCAGAUCCCCGUAUCGCGGUUCGGUUUCGGCCACCGCAACUCCACUCCCCCUUCGUUGGCUUCCUCCACCGACAAUUUGAUGAAUGGCAACUCUCACCACCAACACAACAGCUCUACACACUCCCUCUACCACCAUCCUCAGCAGCACAGUCCCCAGCACUCCCCGAUCUACACCUCCACGACGUCUCUGCCCGUGCCUCUGUCCCCGGACAAGUGGAGGUCCAAGUACGAGGAUGCUGAGAAGAAAAGGAAGACUCUCCUUUCACAGAACCAGAAAAUAACUCGAGACCAUGAAGACUUACAACGCAAGUACAGUCAGGCCCAGAGAGAACUGGAGAGUACGAGAAGGGAAUUGGCUGACAGAGACAUUAAACUGAAUCAACUUCGCAAGUUGUCAGAGGCAGUAUACAAAGAGUAUGAUCAACUCAAAAAUCAGUAUGAGCUGGAAACAGGGACCAUGCAGAAAGCUAUGCAAAGAGCAUCACAGUGGUACAAACAGAACAGAGAGCUCAAACGACGCAGCACAGCUCUGGUGCAAAGGGUGAUGCAAGUAGCUCCAGAUACCAUGGCAGACCUAGCGGACGACACUGACUCUGGAGUUUCCACAGACACUGAUGACUUUGAUGAGCUCAGAAAGUCUGUACAAGAGUUGAACCAUGAUGUGGCAAGAUUGCAGGCUGAGGUGAAUGCAGCUAGACUCCAGGAGUUCGAAGCACAGGAGACCAUUGUGGAUUUGACCAGUCAACUGGAGGAAGAGCGCAGCGCUCGCACUCUGUUGGAGAGCGAACUACAGGAACUGAGAUCGAUGAGGGAGAAUCUAGGCCAGGUCAGUCGGCUGGUGGCGGCCGAGGUGUCUUCUCUCCGAGAGCAGUGCGAGAGAGAAAAGAUGACUGCUCAGAGGAUGAAGGAAGAUGCAGACAAAGCUAAGAAAGAGAGGAAUGUACUGGCUCAUCAGAGUCAGCUGCUGAUGUGCGAGGUGGCAGCUGACCAGAGACUCCUCCAGGUUGUCAUGGAAGUUGAGAAUCUCAAGAGGACUCUGGAGGAGGAACAGCAGAGGCACACAGCAGAAUUACAAGCUCUACAGGAGAAGCUAGAAGAAAGGGAAGCUGAAGCUCAAUUAGAGUUAUUGGAAGAGAAACUCAAACUGGCCGAAGCAGAACUGACGUGUGCUUUACAGAGAGCUGAGAGAGCAGAAGCAGUUUCUCAACAACUGUCCUCUAAAGUUAGUUCGCUGGAGGAGAAAUUGGAACAGUCCCUCAAAGCACCUCCUCCUCCAUUGCCACCCCCUCUACCACCACCACCACCCCCUCCUCCCAUGCCAUCCCUGUGUCCACCACCUCCAGUCACUCUCCGCCAUCGCCCCAGUUGUGAUGGUGCCGAGGCUCCUCCAGUUCACUCAAGCAGUGCUGUGCUAGAGAUGGCUAAUCUUCUGGGCAUCCCCAGGAAAACUACUAAUCAACCCUCACAACCUGGAGCUAUUGAUGACAUCAUCAACCAAAUAAAAGGAGGAAGGUUCACAUUAAAGUCCACAGAGCCUAAACCGAGGUUACAAAAGGUUGAGGAGCAGCCACCAGUGGUGCAAGAAAUGAUCAAUGUGCUUGGGACGCUGAGGAAACGCCGGACACCGAGCAUGCGUAGGCAGUUGGACAUGCCUCCUGCCGACGUCCCACUCUGACUCGUAUUGCCAACCACAGCAUGUUUUUGGCGAUAUGGAUGAAGUCAGAUUCUCAGCCCAGCAGCUGAUAUCACUGGUCCAAUUGAAUGAACAGAUGUCUUUCAGACUGGGAAUAUUUUUAGUUUUGUUAAGGUUUUAAGAAAAGUGUUGGUGUAUAAAAAUGUCACCUCUAAUCAUGGGUUUUCUUUAUCAAAUGAUAUAUACUCAUACCAGUUUGUUGAAUUAUUGAGAAUACAAUCAAUCAUUACAUUACAAUUCACUAUUGAAUUGAAUUUAAAAUCUGUAUUCAUUGAAUAUACAGUACAUUGUGUAUACAUUGGAUAGCGUCAUAAAAAUUACUUAGUGUGUUAACUAACUAAUACACUUAUAAACUAAGAGGUUAUAAUUUAUUAUCUACUCAAAUGUCUGAAUUGUAAUAUAACUAUCUGUUAAAGUUGCAAUUAGUUAAAGUAGAAUGACAAAUAGAACACAGUAAAAUUGUGAGUGGGCUAUAAAUGAUAAAAUAAUGUUUUUGCAUAAGAUAAAUUGAAGUUUAAUUAAGAGUAUUACAUUUUUAAUUCACUUAAAAGCCUCUAGCCUAAAUAAUAAAUAGGUAAAGCUUUUGUGACCAAUGAGUUUUUUGAAGUAUGAUAAAAAUGUCACAAGAUUACAAACAAAAUAUUUAGAAUAUGAACAAUUACUGAUUCAAAUACUCAAUGUUUACAAAUUUGUUUUUACUAAAAAUUUAAAUAGAGAUCUAUUCCAAUCCAUUGUGACAUUUGUAAGUUAUUUGUUUAAUACCAUAUAUACUAUAUUUUUAUUGCCUUACACAAAUAAUUAAUUUGAGCUACUAAUAAAAGAAAGUUCUGAUUUCAAAAUGUUGCUUGCAACAGUGCAGGAACUACCACCGAACACAUAAUGUAUAUAUUUUUACAAUAGAGUACUGAAAUGCAUACUGUAAAUAGUUUAAUGUAUGUUGUUUAACACUGUAUAUUUGAACAAUAAAAAUAAUGUUGAUUCUGUUA